UAUUCUCAAUCAGCAAAACACACAAAGGCAAAUUCCUCUUCUAUCUCUGUUUUAACAGAAGACAAAAAGCCGAAGGCAAAAAAAAGGUUCCAACUUUCGUCUGAAUUCUUCAAAAAUACAUCUUUUUGAGCAAUGUUUUGAAGAUUUUGCUGUCUUUGACAACUGCAUCGGCAGUGUACUGGAGAUAUCCAUUCUAGCUCUAGUGCUUCAGAUUCAGCAGUCAUUCUCUUCUGAAAGAACCUUUGGUUUUUGAGAUGUCGUGACUAGUUUUAGUGUAGACAUUUGCUGAUCAGUGUCUUCCUUUGGCACAGCUCACAGUGAGUGAGUUACUUAUUGUCAGAUGCAAGCAUCUCAGGGACCUCAAAGGCCAUGUAGUGUACAUAAAUUGUGCAAUCAGCCAAUGCAGCAAGUUCAGCAAUACUACACCCCUUGCCAUGCUUCUGAUAACAGCAGUUAUAAUGAUGGUAGCAACUCCGGAACAGAGGUUUCUUUAAAGACACAGAAUGAAAAGUUCUUCACUAUGGACUCAUUUCCGGCUACUGACUGUGCCAUCUACGAUGCAGAUCCUUCCAUAAGCGUCUCUUCCAACAGGAGUCCUUUCUCUCCUCAAUGUUCUCAGUCAAACAUGUUUGAGAAACGUCGUUCCUCUGAGAACACUUCUGGUUCACCUGUAAGUUUGUGUUCAGGAGUUGAUGACAGCAACGGAAAGAAGCAUGAGCUGUGGGAACUGAAUAAUAAGUUGCUAAGGCCUGAAUCCGAUAUUGAUGACAGCUGCAGUUGCUCGUUAAAUGGUGUAGUCUCAAAACAUUUUUCCUUGACAAGGCGGAAUCAAGUAUUGGACGUAGCCUCAAGAUUGGACUUGAAAGAGUUGCUCGUUGCCUGUGCUGAAGCAGUAGAUGAAGCUGAUACCUCGACUGCAGAAGUUCUGAUGGAUGCUUUGGAGAAAAGGGUAUCGGUUUCUGGGGAACCUAUGCAACGACUGAGUGCAUACAUGUUGGAAGGUCUAAGAGCACGAUUAUUGUCCUCCGGGAGUAACAUAUACAAAAAACUGAAGUGCAACGAACCAACUAGCUCAGAAUUGUUGUCCUACAUGCAAGUCCUCUAUAACAUCACCCCUUACUUCAAGUUCGCUUAUAUGUCCGCCAAUGUUGUCAUAAGCGAAGCCAUGAAGAACGAGAAUAGAAUCCAUAUCAUUGAUUUUCAAAUUGCACAGGGAAGUCAAUGGAUGUUCCUCAUCCACUAUCUGGCUCGUCGGCCUGGUGGUCCGCCAUUUCUCCGCAUCACAGGCGUUGAUGAUUCCCAAUCAGCUCAUGCACGCGGUGGUGGACUUCAGCUAGUCGGCGAAAGGUUAGCGAGCAUUGCCAAGUCCUGCGGAGUGCCUUUCGAAUUCCAUAAUGCUGCAUUGUCAGGCUGUAUGGUCAAACUAGAGAACCUACGAGUUAGACAUGGAGAAAGCCUGGCAGUUAACUUCCCUUACAUGUUGCACCACAUGCCAGACGAGAGCGUAAGCACUAUGAACCAUCGAGACCGCCUAUUAAGACUAGUCAAGAGCUUGUCUCCCAAAAUCGUGGCCCUAGUUGAACAAGAAAUGAACACCAAUACUGCCCCUUUCCUUCCAAGGUUCCGUGAAACUCUAGAUUACCACAAAGCAAUGUUCGAAUCAGUCGAUGUAACUCGCCCGAGGAAUGACAUGCAGCGGAUCAGAUCAGAGGAGCAUUGUAUUGCACGGGAUGUUGUCAAUCUCAUAGCAUGUGAAGGGGCUGAUAGAGUGGAAAGGCAUGAAGUUUUUGGCAAGUGGAGGUCAAGACUUUUGAUGGCUGGAUUUACACCAUGCCCACUGAGUCCAUCGGUUGCUGAGACCAUCAAGGUCAUGCUGAAGGAGUAUAGCUCAAAUUAUAAGCUUGCUGAAAGCCAGGGGGCGCUUUAUAUUGGAUGGAACAACAGAGCUUUAGCAACUUCUUCUGCUUGGCAAUAACCUCAUUCGUUGCCUUUGGGAUCUUGAUAUAAGCAUUUGGAAGAACAGAAGAGCCGAGACCGUUUCUUUGAAACUUUUUUCUUGUUAUAGAGAGGUAAGUCUCUGAAAUCUCGAGCUUGUAAAUCCCAGUGUAGGAAUUAGCAGAGGUAGUUAAGCUCUAUAGUAGACACCAUAAACUCAGCUGGCAUCUGUUAAUCAAACAUGAAAUUAGCAGAGAAUUUUGUUGUAAUGAACCAAACUUACCAGCUUACUUAACCAGAAGUUUAGUUUGUUAUGCCAACUUGUAAUGAUAAAUCUGUUUUGGGCAUAAAGUUUCUAUCUUAUGUUUUUCUUUUAGUUUUUA